AAAUGUUAAUAAUGAUUGGUGUAAAAGAAGGGUGUGUUUGUGAAGGGAUUAGAGGAAAAAGGAAACGAAAUGAGCAGAAAUGUCCUUAGUCACUGCACAUUUUGAGAGCGCAUUUGGAGAGAGGAGGAGGAGAUGCGGUUAGGGAGUAGGCUAAUCCAACCACCGGGUAAAAAGGGCAGUUUUAGAUGGCUCAUAUUCCGCUGUAACUGUAUUGCACCGUGACACCAGCCUUUGAGCAGCGGCGGAGCACCAAACCGGGCGCACCCACAGCAUCUGCACCAACACAUCACUGCUUCAGGGAGCACUUCUCCUUUUCUGCAACAACUGGAUGUGGAAGCGAGCGCGCGGCCGGUGGGAAAAUACAUCUCAGCCGCACACAUUUACAGGGAAUCGAUUAUGUGAUGACCGUGAGAUUCCUCAAGUAAUAUGCGCAACUCUGUGGAUUGCCCUAUUUUUUUUUCUUUCUCUUCCUUUCUCCUUUCUGCCCAGUUGUGUUUCCUUAUUCAUUGUGCGCCCUAUGAAGAGCAUUAACUAUCCCUCCCUCCAAUCCUAUUGAAAAGGCUCCGAAAAAAAACAGAGGGAGAUGAGAGCAGCAAAUCCCUUUUUUAUUCCCCUCGUAGCGCUCAAUAAGAGAAGAAUGUGUUGCCUAUCAGUCACCGAGGGGAUCAAGUCUUCGGGACUGUCCCACGCGUUCAAUGCGCCGUGCAGAGCAUCACUGAGAGAGACAGAGUGAAGAGGACUGCAGCAGCAGCAGCAGCAGCAGUAGCAUCCUGCCUGGACACUUCACAUCAUUUAGCAACCUGUCUCCACUCAAGAUCCAUUUAAGUCAAUUAGGGCUGUCUGCUUCUCUCACCUUUCAAAGUCCUCUCACCGGACUGUGGCGUGACACGAUGAGGAGUCUGGCGCUGCUGUUAGGGGUGAAAGCCGCCUGUAUCCUGCUGGUGUCUUCGCUCUCAGGCACAGGGGCCGUCAACAACAGCGGCCGGUGGUGGGGUAUUGUCAAUGUGGCCUCCUCAUCCAACCUCCUCACCAAUUCCAAAAACGUGCAGUUGGUCCUGGACCCGAGCCUGGCCCUGCUCAGUCGUCGCCAGCGCCGGCUGAUUCGGCAGAAUCCUGGCAUCCUGCACGCCAUCGCCGCUGGGCUGCACACUGCCAUAAAGGAGUGCAAGUGGCAGUUCCGCAACCGCCGCUGGAACUGUCCGACCACCCACAGCCCAGCAGUUUUUGGGAAAAUUGUCAAUCGUGGUUGCCGAGAGACAGCAUUUGUAUUUGCCAUUACCAGCGCAGGGGUGACCCACGCUGUGGCUCGCUCCUGCUCGGAAGGGGCCAUUGAGUCGUGCACAUGUGAUUACCGCCGCAGAGGUCCCGGAGGGCCAGACUGGCACUGGGGGGGCUGCAGUGACAAUGUGGACUUUGGCCGGAUGUUCAGCCGUGAGUUUGUGGACUCCAGCGAGAGGGGCAGAGACCUGCGCUACCUCACCAACCUACACAAUAAUGAGGCUGGCAGAAUGACUGUGUCAUCAGAGAUGCGUCAGGAGUGUAAGUGCCAUGGCAUGUCAGGCUCCUGCACAGUGCGCACCUGUUGGAUGCGCCUGCCCAGCUUCCGCACAGUGGGAGACUUCCUUAAAGACCGGUUUGAUGGUGCAUCCAGAGUCGUUUAUGCCAACAAGGGAAGCAACCGCGCCUCUCACAGAGCCGACCCCAGACAUCUGGAGCCUGAAAACCCAGCUCACAAACCCCCCUCUGCCAUGGACCUGGUCUAUUUUGAGAAAUCACCAAACUUCUGCUCCUACAAUGGCAAAACUGGCACUUUGGGAACUUCUGGGAGAACAUGCAACAGCUCCUCUCCAGGCCUUGAUGGAUGUGAGCUGCUCUGCUGUGGACGUGGGUUUAAGACUCGGACUGAGAGUGUGACUGAACGUUGCCACUGCACCUUCCACUGGUGCUGUCAUGUCAGCUGCUUGAACUGCACCAGUACACGAACGUUACACCAGUGUCUAUGAUCACAGCUGGACACCAAGUGAAUAUUUAGGCAUAUAUAAAAGGCAAAGAAGAACUUCUUAACAAAACAGGUAGUUGGCUGAGAAAGCCACUAGCACGCAGAUGUUAGGUAGGAGCUAGAGAAGCUUCGAGGCGGGUAAACUGAUACAGGGAACUCUCUGGCACAAAAAAAAUCAAUCAGUGUUUAUGAAAGAGGGAGAUGGAGAAAAGCACAAAUAUAUGAACAGGGUAUAGAGGGAGUAUAUGUGCUUGCUCCCUGCCUUUGAUGCUAAACAGUAUUAAGAGGGUAUUUAAACACUACAACCACGCAGAAUGGAAAUCACCCACAUCCCUCAAGUGUUUACACUGUGGAUAAAUAGAAGUAAAGGGACGAAAUGAUGUGGCGGAGAAUCGAUUGCUGUAACCAGGUACUACUAGAGCCUUCCUCUCCCCCACUGAGGGCAGAAACUGGACACAAUGUUUCACAGAUGUUCCUGUGGCCAGAGAGCCACAAACAUGUGCUCUCAUAAACUGGUGAAGACCUCUAACAAGAGGGGAGUUAUUUAAAAAAAAAUCUGUUUUGUUUUCGUUUGCUGAAGUUUGGUUUCUCUCACAUGAAACUGUGUGAAGUUUAUCUCCAGGGAUGGGCCGUCUGUUCCCAAAUUGUGUACUUAGGCCCUGGAUGCAGCCCAACCACUUAUAAUUUCCUCACCACAUUUGCCCUUUUUAUUUAGAUUUCUCUGGAGUUGAAUACACCUCAACCCUGAUUUGCCACUCUGACUUACCACACGAUGGUCCUGAUGUUACACGGCUGGGGCCAGGGCUCCGCCAAGGAAAACAGAAACCAACUGAACAAAUCUUGCCGAGGCAAUGUAAUUUGAAUGUAUUAUCAAUACACUGAAUAUCAUGGCAUGCCUAGAUGUAGUUUGGCAAAUCUGAGGGGCCAAUAUUUAAAAAAAUAAAUUAAAUGUGACAUGCAGAAUCUCACCACGCUCUCAAAAUAAAAACUAAUGCCAUUCUGAGACGAACAUUGAAGAAAACAAAAAGACAUUAAAUUUCUGUUAAUAUAUGAGUGUAGCAGUAAACUGGUCCAGGUUUAAAGUAGGCGUACGUGUAUUACUUCAGGCGGUUACAUUUUAUUUUGAAGAGAACAGCCUCUGCUGAAGAGAUCAUUCUGUAUAUCAGCUAUGAGAACCAAAAUGCUGUAAAUAUUAAAAUAUAUGAAUAUAUUUAUAAUGACGUCAUUUGUAAGUUUGCUGAAUGAUUUAUGCACCUGUCAGUGGCAGGAGAAUAUGCUAUCAUUAGUGUCAAGUCAGGAGAUGUUUUGAUCUUAUGCCUUUUUCUAUUUUGGUGUAACGUAGCCAACACAAAACCGACUCUUGCUAGAAACAGAACAUUAUUACGUCUUUGCUUGUUCCUGUACAAACACUUGUGUUCAUGCACUGAAUAUUUCCCUUUUUUUUUUUUAAAUUAGUGUAAAUACAAAAUAUUUAUUUCUGAGGAUUUUUAUACUGUUAUAGAGAGAUGUAAGAGAAACUUUUUUUUUUUUAGAUUUUAAUCAAAAGAUUUAGGCUCCAGUUGGUUUUGUAUUGUAUGAUAGAACAAUAAAGUCUAUAUUUUCAAUUAAGUUGCCCUGCUGAAUGUGUCAAAAGUUGCUAUUAUGCCUGUUGUAGUUUCUGUGUUUGAGAUAGUUUUGACACCCAACCAAGUGAACAUAUAAGCCUGUCCCUGGGUGUCCUUUGCCUAAUCCUAUUACCACCGCCAAAGCAGCCUCUUUCUCCAGCUCACAAAACAUCCCUGCAUCUGUGCUCCCAACCACAAGAGACGGCCCUUGCUUAUCCAGCCACAUACCCUAUUUUAUACAGUAUAGGAUUUUACAGCAUUGAAUGUUUUGCUUCAUUUGCUUAAUGUUGGACAGAA